UCUCGUUGUUUUGAAAUCCCGCUGUCAAAGCAAGAAAUUUCACAUCCUUUUGCAAGUCGCAAAACCCAAAAUGGAUCGCUGUAAAGCGUGAAACGCUUUCGCCCACUUCUCUUCUGUUUGGUGCAAACUCGGUUCCAAAGCAAAGCAAGCAAACAUCGCCCUCCCGCCCGAAAGCCUUCCAUUGCUCGUACCUCACGCACAGUGCAAGCGGAUUAUGGCCAACAGGUUGCAGCGCCUGGAUCGUGUACAUUCGUUUUUUCACCAGAAUUUCGUCCACAUUAUUAAUCUGUCGCAAUCGCCCCGCUUCCCGAACGUUGUUCGCUACACUGACCGUGAACUAGCACGAGACCAGCAGGCGUACCAUUUCUCGAUAACCGUUUGAACGAUUUCUUAUCUUUUCGUUCAUCGUCAUUGUGUACAGCCUGCACUGAGGUGCUGAUCUGUGGGCAGCAAACAACUUCCAUACGACAACUUCAUCUGCAACACACCACGGAUGGAUUCCACGUCCAGCGAUGCCGGCAAGGAGGACGACGACGAUAGUUCGUCCUCUUCGACGAGUGGAUCGGACGCAAUCACUCCGAAACGGUCCGAGUUGGAUGAUUUCCGCGAACGGUGGCAGCAGGAGCUGAAGCGCGAGCAACCGGUUGCCAACGCACCAGCAGUUGCCACGCAUGCUACGACCGUGGAAACUGAUUCCGUCGAGCAUCAGGCACGCGCGCUGUUCCAGCAAGGUUCGGAUCUGGAACGAAGCGGCAAAGUGUUCGAAGCGAUGCGGCUUUACCGUCGCGCUACGCAGCUCGUGCCGGACAUCGAGUUCCGGGUGUACGAUAAAAAGCACGCCAAACCGAAGGAAGAUGUAACGAACGAUGAGCGGCUCGUGGAAGGGUUGAUGGAACGCAUGAUGGAAGCGAACAUAGACGAGGAUGAGGAAAAUCUGGAAAACGUCGACCUGGUACUGCGCUUCCAGACGCUAAUGGCCCGGUCGGGCAAACUGUUCGAACGUGCCACCGGUGACCGGAAGCUGAUCGUGACGUCGGCCCACUUUUCCGACCUGCCGAUGGAACUGAUCCUGUACAUACUGCGAUGGGUUGUGUCGAACGAUUUGGACAUGAAAUCGCUCGAACGGUUCGCAUCCGUUUGUCGUGGGUUUUAUCUGCUAGCGAGAGAUCCGGAAAUAUGGCGCCAUGCGUGCAUGAGAAUUUGGGGCGUGAACCUGGGUGUGCUGAAGGGAACGCCGUUCAGUUCCUGGCGCGAGAUGUACAUUAGCAGACCCCGGAUACUCUUCCACGGGUGCUACAUCAGCCGUACGAGCUACCUGCGUUCGGGGGAGAAUAGCUUCCAGGAUCAGUUCUAUCGUCCGAUCCAGUUGGUAGAGUACUAUCGAUACUUUCGCUUCUUCGCGGACGGCAAGGUACUAAUGCUAACGACAGCCGACGAGCCGCAGCAGUGUGUCGUUAAGCUGAAGCCCCGAUGUCCCACCCAGAACGAAAUACUGCGGGGACACUAUCGGUUGCACGACGACGUCGUUAUCGUGGCCAUUCAACGGAACCGUCCAACGGCGUCCAACGCCCAAAUGUCCGGACGCCCGAGUCGCAAAGUGCGCGAGAUAGAGCCAGAGUAUGGGCAGCAAACGUUCCUAAUGGAGCUGCAGAUCGUAAGCACCGCCAAACGGCCCUUCAGCCAGCUGCACUGGAAACAGUACACGAUGGUGCAGCAGCGAAACAAUCAGGAGAAAACGACCCAGUUCGAGCUCACCAGCACCAAGUAUCCACCGUUGUACUUUUCGCGCGUCAAGAGCUACCACCAGGAAUCGGAUGGACCACUGAAGUAGCGAGCCACACGCGGUAAAGCUCUAUCAGCAAGCUCUUAGCUGACGGAGCAUAAAGACGUACAGCAGCAAACACACACAACAAUUUAGCAGAGAUAGUGGAUUAUUUUUUGCCUAUUUUUUAGCCUCUAGCAAGUAGAAAACAACCGGAAACAAUCGUUAAUAAUUUUAAUCAGUUCAGCUGAACUAGGGACGAAGCAGAAGUGAGAACAGAAUUUAAUCGGUGGUCGGAAAAGCGAAGCUUUCGAAUCCCUUAUGAUGAAUAAAUCAGUGUUAAAGAAA